AUGCUAGGCGGCGGCGGGACCCGAGUCGUAGCAACCCUCAAAGCCGCACUCGAGGAGAACCCAGACUACGGCCUCGUCCUCUGUGGUCACUCUCUCGGCGGCGCCGUCGCGGCCCUCCUCGCCAUCCUCAUAGCCGAGCCCUCAAGUGCAGCAAGCGGGCAAUCCUUCGUCACAAAAUCCGCCCAGAAGCUCCUCGAGGGCCACACUCACCCAACCCACAAACCCCUACCAGACCUCCCAAUCUCCCUGCCUAGUGGCCGACCCAUCCACGUCUACUCCUACGGAACACCUGCCACUGUCUCUGAGGCCCUGCGCCUUGCCACCCGCGGCCUUAUCACCACAAUCGCCAACGCGGCCGACAUCGUGCCCUGCCUCUCUCUCGGCACCCUGCACGACUUUCGCGCCAUUGCCGUGCACUUUCGCCACGACCAGAGCGAUGCGAUCACUGAGCUCAAGUCACGAGUAUGGAAUCGCGUCCGCGCUGCAUUUACAAGCAGCAUGACGGCUGAGAAGACAACAGGUGGCCCACCCCCACCGGACUACAUCGCGGGCGAAGGCGUUGGGGAGGAUACGUGGGCGUGGCGCAUGCUGCAAGAGUUGAGGGGGUUGAUGACGAAUGAGAAAUUGGUGCCGCCCGGAGAGGUCUUUAUUGUUGAGUCGAUUAGGGUGUUUGAUCGGGUCGGGGCCGAUGUGAAGCAGGAGGCGAGGUAUGGGUUUUCGCCGGAGGAGGUAGGUGGAGGUGGAGGAGGUGGAGGGGCGGGUGUGCAGUAUCGUGAGUUGGGGAGGAGUGCGACGAGGGUGCAGUUCAAGUGGGUGAGGGAUGUAGAGAAGCGCUUUGCGGAGAUCAGGUUUGGGAGUGGGAUGUUUGCGGAUCAUAGCCCGGGAAGGUAUGAGAGGAAUUUGGGCGGGUUGGAGGUCGGGGUUUGUGAUGACUGA